AUGAGCCCAGUCCGCCUCCGUGCCUUCCUCUGCCCGGACGUCCGCGCCGCGCCGCGCCGCGCCGCGCCCCAGGGGCUGGCUCUCCGCGUGCCUGGAGCCUGUCUUGCAGACUGCCCGCCUCCUGCUCCCACGGAGAAGACGCUCACGCUCACGCUCACGCUCACUACUGGCGGGGACCGGCAACGGAGGCGGCCGGCGCCGCUGGGGAAGCCCUCUCCGCCCGCCGGCCCCACGCAGUCCCCCCGGCCCGCUGGCAGCACCCGCAAAACGCUGCGCGCCGGCCGCCCUCGCACCCGCACGCCGCCUCGGGCCACGUGCCCAGCGCCCAGCGGGCCGGCACGCCGGCCCCCACCGCCAGCGCCCGGCGGGCCUGGCCAGGAGGGCCCCGGAGCGGCGCAAAAGGUCGACCGGCUGCGUUGGCCGGGAAUCGAACCCGGGUCAACUGCUUGGAAGGCAGCUAUGCUCACCACUAUACCACCAACGCUGCACGGCCCGGGCCGGCCCGACGCGGCCGGCCCAGGGUGCGCUCCGUCGCCUUCUCUCGCCUUGGCGCUCUCUCGUCGUCGCCGCCGCCGCCGCCGCCGCCGCCGCCGCCCGGCGCAGCCCUGCCCCGACGUCCCGCCCGGCCGCAGCUCUGCCCGGCCACCACGGGCUCCGGCCACCACGGGCUCCGGCCACCACGGGCUCCGGCCGCCCGGCGCCCCAGCCUCGCCCCUCCGACUCAGCUGCGCCGGCCGGUCGCCGGGCACGCCCGCCCACCUGCCCGCCCUGCGCCCCGCGCCCGGCGCCCGGCACCCACCGCCGCCCGCCUCUGGAGGGCGCUCUGGCCGCCUGGCCGCUCUCGGGCCCUCGGAGGCCGGCUGGGGGGCCCCCGCCACGUCCCCGGCCCGGCGUCUUCCGCGUCCUCCGCGGCCCGCAGCUAGCGGCCCGGCCCGGCCCGGCCCGGCGCGGGAAGGAGCAGAGGGGGCGGGCGCCAGGCCACACCACCUCCCGCAUCCAGACGGGACCGGACCCAUCUGCCUCCCACCCGAGCGACACCCACGGCGGCUGCGCGGCUGGGCGGCACGUCGCCCAGGAGCUCGCUGUGGCUGCCGCCGGGACCACACGAGGCCCCGGCUGCGCGGUGGCGACCCAGCGUCCGGCCUCGAGCCACGCAAAGGGCUGGGGCCGGUGGACCGUGGGCAGGCCGGGCACGCGCCGCCGGCCGGACGACGGACGGCCGAGAAGAAGCGCCCCUGCCCCUCGGGAGCAAGAGGCGGCACCCAGAGCUGCGCAGGCCACCAAAAAGGGCGUCUUGCCUCCCCGUCGGGGAAUCGAACCCCGGUCUCCCGCGUGACAGGCGGGGAUACUCACCACUAUACUAACGAGGACGGCGGCGGCCGGCCACCCGGGCGCCCGACCCCUCUCCGGCUGCCUCCCCACGCCUGCCCCUGCCUGCCCUCGACGCCCUGCCCUGCACGGGCGCCCGGCACGGGCCACGCCCCACCCGACCCCAGCCCCGCUUCGGCCCCCUCUCCCGCACGGCAGCCCCCGGCCCCGACUCGGAGUCCGCCGGGACCCGGGCCCACACACGGACCCGGACGGCGCUCAGUACUCCCAACGAGCGGUGCCUCUCUCUCGUCUGCCAGGCGGGCAUCGCGCCGGGAGAAAAGGCCCCAGACGGCAAGCGGGGCUGCGAGGGCGAGGAAGGCGGGGUGGGGAGCAGGGCAAGGGGCGCCGACGCUGGACGGGGCCUGCAGGGAGCUGGGGGUGGGGGUGCGACAGCGACGGGAGCCGCGCUGGCGGCGGCGGCGGCGGCGGCGGCGAGGCGGCUGGCCGUGCUCCUCCGGGGCCGCCGCGCGUGUCUCGCCCCUUGCGCACCCACACAGCCGCCAGCCGGGCGCCAUGACGGCCAAGGACACCAGCGUUAGCGCCGCGUCCCAGCCAGGCCAGCGGCGACGCGCCCACACCCGCCACUGCCCGCCUCCUGCUCCCACGGAGAAGACGCUCACGCUCACGCUCACGCUCACUACUGGCGGGGACCGGCAACGGAGGCGGCCGGCGCCGCUGGGGAAGCCCUCUGUGGGCCACGUCCACCACCAGGGAGCGACAGGCUGCGCGCCUGGCCUGCACCCCCUGGACCCAGCGCCUCCCUCCAUUCCACCCACGCGGCUCCGCUUGGGCCCCGAGGCCCCUGCCUCUGCACGUCCAGCCGCCCGCCGGCCCCACGCAGUCCCCCCGGCCCGCUGGCAGCACCCGCAAAACGCUGCGCGCCGGCCGCCCUCGCACCCGCACGCCGCCUCGGGCCACGUGCCCAGCGCCCAGCGGGCCGGCACGCCGUCCCCCACCGCCAGCGCCCGGCGGGCCUGGCCAGGAGGGCCCCGGAGCGGCGCAAAAGGUCGGCCGGCUGCGUUGGCCGGGAAUCGAACCCGGGUCAACUGCUUGGAAGGCAGCUAUGCUCACCACUAUACCACCAACGCUGCACGGCCCGGGCCGGCCCGACGCGGCCGGCCCAGGGUGCGCUCCGUCGCCUUCUCUCGCCUUGGCGCUCUCUCGUCGUCGCCGCCGCCGCCGCCGCCGCCGCCGCCGCCGCCCGGCGCAGCCCUGCCCCGACGUCCCGCCCGGCCGCAGCUCUGCCCGGCCACCACGGGCUCCGGCCACCACGGGCUCCGGCCACCACGGGCUCCGGCCGCCCGGCGCCCCAGCCUCGCCCCUCCGACUCAGCUGCGCCGGCCGGUCGCCGGCACGCCCGCCCGCCCACCUGCCCGCCCUGCGCCCCGCGCCCGGCGCCCGGCGCCCCGGCGCCCACCGCCGCCCGCCUCUGGAGGGCGCUCUGGCCGCCUGGCCGCUCUCGGGCCCUCGGAGGCCGGCUGGGGGGCCCCGCCACGUCCCCGGCCUGGCGUCUUCCGCGUCCUCCGCGGCCCGCAGCUAGCGGCCCGGCCCGGCCCGGCCCGGCGCGGGAAGGAGCACAGGGGGCGGGCGCCAGGCCACACCACCUCCCGCAUCCAGACGGGACCGGACCCAUCUGCCUCCCACCCGAGCGACACCCACGGCGGCUGCGCGGCUGGGCGGCACGUCGCCCAGGAGCUCGCUGUGGCUGCCGCCGGGACCACACGAGGCCCCGGCUGCGCGGUGGCGACCCAGCGUCCGGCCUCGAGCCACGCAAAGGGCUGGGGCCGGUGGACCGUGGGCAGGCCGGGCACGCGCCGCCGGCCGGACGACGGACGGCCGAGAAGAAGCGCCCCUGCCCCUCGGGAGCAAGAGGCGGCACCCAGAGCUGCGCAGGCCACCAAAAAGGGCGUCUUGCCUCCCCGCGCCCGGCACGGGCCACGCCCCACCCGACCCCAGCCCCGCUUCGGCCCCCUCUCCCGCACGGCAGCCCCCGGCCCCGACUCGGAGUCCGCCGGGACCCGGGCCCACACACGGACCCGGACGGCGCUCAGUACUCCCAACGAGCGCUGCCUCUCUCUCGUCUGCCAGGCGGGCAUCGCGCCGGGAGAAAAGGCCCCAGACGGCAAGCGGGGCUGCGAGGGCGAGGAAGGCGGGGUGGGGAGCAGGGCAAGGGGCGCCGACGCUGGACGGGGCCUGCAGGGAGCUGGGGGUGGGGGUGCGACAGCGACGGGAGCCGCGCUGGCGGCGGCGGCGGCGGCGGCGGCGAGGCGGCUGGCCGUGCUCCUCCGGGGCCGCCGCGCGUGUCUCGCCCCUUGCGCACCCACACAGCCGCCAGCCGGGCGCCAUGACGGCCAAGGACACCAGCGUUAG